AUUGCUUUUCUCGUGCCUUAUCAUCAGUAUUCUUGCAACCGUGGAUACAAGUACUAAAUCUGCAAGCGGAGAAAUUAUCCAAUCCUCUAUUUACAUCACAUGCAAUCAUCUUGUCUUUACAAUGGAAUUGGUAAUUGUGUUAACUCUUACUAUUGAGUGCAUCUUAAGAAUAUGGUCGGCCGGCUGCAGGAGUCGAUACCAGGGGCAUUAUGGGAGACUUCGCUUUAUAAGACGACCUCUAUGUAUUUUAGAUAUCGUGGUAGUGUUUGCCUCAGUAUUGAUCAUUGCCGUGGGCACCAAGAAUGCAAAGUUUAUGGAGCCGGCCUUCCGAGGCCUUCGCUUCCUGCAGAUCCUGCGCAUGGUGAGGCUGGACAGGCGGGGCAGCACCUGGAAGCUGCUGGGCUCUGUCGUGUGGGCGCACAGACAGGAGCUACUUACGACAUGGUACAUUGGUUUCUUAGCUCUUAUAUCCAUAUCAUUCCUUGUAUACACACUGGAGCAUGAGAAUAACCCUAGAGACUACGCGACGCUACCGGACGCAUUGUGGUAUGGUUUGGUGACAUUAACGACAGUAGGGUACGGCGACAAGACGCCGGAAAGCUGGGCAGGGAAGUUGUCUGCUGCCAUCUUAGCUGUUCUCGGGGUGUCUUUUUUCGCACUUCCAGCGGGCAUCCUGGGUUCUGGCUUUGCCUUGCAAGUCCAGCAGCAGCAAAGGCAGAAGCAUUUUGCAAGAAGGCGGCAUCCAGCAGCCAUGCUCAUUCAGUGCCUGUGGAGAUGUUAUGCAGCAGAUCCCAAUUCAUGUUCCAUGGCCACAUGGAAACCACACUUAAAACCUGUACAGAGCCCCACCAAUAACAAUGUGCAAGCCAGAAGCAACAGGCACAGUAGUUUCCGCACCAACAACCUGAUCUCGCGGCUGUCCAUCAAGCGCAGCACCAACAGCCCCAUGCUGCACCGCAACAGCGACCGGGUCAAGAAGGCCGCCAACGGGAUCUACGACGACGAGGACAAGAAGAUGGAGCUCAGCACGGGGGCAUACGGGGAGCAAGACUCCAUCCGGUCCCGCGGCUCCCACCGAUACCACACGCAGCAUUCACAAGAGCCUGUCGGACUGACCAAGCUGACAGAGGCUCACAAGAACGCCAUCCGGGCAGUCCGGAAGAUUAAGUAUUUUGUGGCCCGGCGGAAGUUCAAAGAGGCGUUUCGGCCGUACGAUGUCAAAGACGUUAUCGAGCAGUAUUCCUCAGGCCAUGCUGAUAUGCUGGCCAGAAUUAAAAGCCUUCAAGCAAGGUUGGACAAUAUUUUGGGUAAACCAGGGCAGCCAGACAGAAGAGUGAAGGGCCGCGGAGGCAGCGACUUAGAACUCUUUGAUCCUAGCAUCAGCCUGCUAUCGCGCGUCGUCAAAGUGGAAAGACGGGUCACACUGAUCGACCGCAAGCUUGACAUGCUGAUUGAACUCUACCGUGAAGAGCGGCACGGCAAGACGCAAGAGAGCCGCAGCGAGGAAAAAGACGACUCGCACGAGUCGGAACUGGAAUCCGCGCCAAAAGGUUUCCGGAGAAGGGUGUGGAGCUCGAGCGCGCCACGCCCGCGGGAAGCGGGCCAGCGGCACGAAUCGACAGACACUUCGUCGGCGACUUCCCCGGCAGACAUUACCGGCGGCGUUGUAGUCACGCACAAAUUAAAGACGUCGGACCCCAGUUUUGUGGAAGACGAUACAAAAGAGAUGGACGUGACGAUCAGCACGUGCCCCCCGACAGAUGCGCAGGCGCAACCCGGGGGCGCUGUACUGUCCGGCCGGAAAACGCGACUCGGCAGCCAGACGCGAGACUCCGUUGAGGAAGGGGCGACCAAGGACAGUGAAGGAUCCACCGCCGCAACUUCUGCGGAGCCCAAGAAAUUGAGUCGGAGAUGGAAGCGACCGGGGGGUGUUAGAAUCCGGCCAGCCCGAUCUGCCGAGUCGGUGAACGCCCCACAAUCUGGGGACUCAGUUUCGUACAGUAGCGGACGACAGUCAAGCAUGGGUAGCUUAGCUCCCGGCGAAGGCGAGACACGAAUCUGAGAGACGACGCUACGUGACUGACACAUCACAGAUGAUUCCUCACUCACUGUGAGCGAAUCUUACAAACCUUUUCCAGAUUUUGCAUUUUACCGUGUUUUGAUGCUGAGUAACGUGAAAACGGCAUGUAUAUUGGUGGUAGCGUAACGCGACAGACGUCUUUGAUAAGUCAACGCAGCAAGCAAACGCCGCAAUCCGACAGUGUAUUCCAGCAGUUGUCUUCAGUAUUAGAACAGCAGCAGCCCGCAUCAAGGAAAUAGAUACUCAAGUGGAAUUUUGUUUUUCAGGAAGCAGUGCUUUGGAUUCAAAAAAAGCGGAUUCAAAAAAGUUGCCUAUGGAGUCAUCAUCAUACAAAAUACUGCCAAGAAAGAAGUGACAUGAAUACAAUGUAUAUUGAAAAUAUAUUUUUGUAUUUCAAACGACAGCCAUAUUUCAGCUGAAGAAGAUGACUUGGUGCCACACAACUUUGGUACAAAAAAAUAUAAGGCAAUUAAGGAAACUGGACAGAAAGCAGAAUUUUGACCUCAACUUUUAGAGGUUGGGAGAGGGGCUUCAGCAAAUGGGGAAGUUUUUGAAGAAACGUCGAUUAAAUACGAAGAUCUUUUUAGGGUUCUGAUCCCUCUGCAAAAAAAUGUGGAUGAGUGCAUUGCAACACUUUUUGACGAAGCUUUCGCCGUUCACCCAGGAACUAAUCUUGACAACAAAAUUGAAAUCCGUUUUGAAACCACUUUUUCUAUAACUCAAGCACUGUAAGCGUACAGCAAAUUGUUAAAUUCCAGGACUGUGCACUGAAAUUUGUUUGUGCUUUCGCUGCUGGAACAUUAAAAAAAAAAAAAACCUGCCAUGGUCUUUCCUGUUUAUUCUCAGUGACUUUUGUAAAACAAAAGAACUGAAGCACAAUUGAGUAACGUAGUUUUCAGGGUCGGUGCUUUUUUAGAAAGUAAUGCACCGCCGUUUUAACUUUGAAGUUAGAAGAACUGAGGAAUGAAAAGCCUGAGAAAUAAAAGCAUGUAGUAAAUUGUGGUACAACUGCAAGUCUUAAGGACAGAGUGCAUGGACAUAUUUGCAUGAGUAGCAGCUCGCUUUUUUUGAUAGAGGGCAGUCCAAAUUUACCAUCUAGAAUAUACAAACAACCCCAAGAACACAUCACGUCAUGUAGAGGAAUUCCAUUGCCUGUUAUGAUAGUUCCUCGGUAUUGGCAUGCAUGAAAGAGUCACAAGAAUGAUUAUGUUGCGAAAGAGGAGACAAUUGCCGUCAAAUGUACAUGGUGACCAAUGACUGCAAUGAUUUCAAAAUGACUGUUUACAAUGUGGUUCUUGGGUUUAUAUUGGCCUUUAUAUGAAGGUCUCAAAGGGCUUCACAUUCAGUGUCGAGUCGAGUUCACAAGUUCUUCCAAGUCCCUGCAAGUCCAUCAAAAGUCCGUCAUAAGUCUUUCAGUCUCAAGUCAAGUCACGAGCUAUUCAAAGCGAAUUGUUACAAAGUUGUUGUUCAUCCCAUUACUUGUGACUGGACUUAUCAAAGGACUUGUGACUGGACUUGUCAAAGGACUUGUGAUGGGCUGGACUACAACACAUUU